AUGGGCCCGCCCCCAGCUCGAAAGGCAACGACGGACCACAUCGGGGGCUGCCACGGGAUGUGGUCGUGUGGCCGACUGUUCGCAGCGCUCCGAGACGCCAAUUUGUUCGAAGACCCAAAGGCUAUCGUGGACAGGCCCCUCCUUGCAAGCCCCCCAGUCGUCACAACCUCCUUUGAGGCGGUCCCCAGAGGUCCUGAUGGCAAAAUGGAUGGCGCAAUGCUGAUGUCGUUCGUUGAAGAACACUUCGCGUUGGAGGGCAGUGACCUGGAGGAACUUGUCCCACAAGAUUGGAGCGAGAAGGGAACUGAAUGGCUGCAAUCUGUUCCAGCAACGGGGCCGAUGCGUGACUGGGCAAAGCAACUCAACGAAUUGUGGAAAUGCUUGUACAAAAAGGCCAACCCCAGUCCUGCAAACCCUGAUCGCCACUCGCUCCUGCCCGUCCCACACCCUAUACUUGUGGCGGGUGGCAGGUUUCGUGAGAUGUACUACUGGGACAGCUACUGGACCGUGAAGGGGCUUCUGGUGUGUGGAAUGCACCGCACAGCUUCCCUCCAAGUUGAGAACCUCCUGUACCUGCUGGAUCAGCAUGGCCACGUGCCCAAUGGCAACAGGGUUUACUACUUGAAUCGGAGUCAACCACCCUUGCUUAGUGCCAUGGUCGACCUCAUAUGGCAAGCAACGGGAUGUGUAGAGUUCCUGGCCUACGCAACUCCUCUCCUGGUGCGGGAGCACUCCUACUGGAUGGUGCACCCACAUUGUGUGAGAGUCAAGGGGCUGUCUGGACAGGUUCAUAACCUCUCACGUUAUCAUGCGGACUGGACCUUGCCACGGCCAGAGUCAUAUGGAGCAGAUGUUGUUACAGCAUCGCUGGCCACAGCAAGACAGCCAGAAGCAGUAUAUCGCGACCUGGCAAGCGCUGCCGAAUCUGGCUGGGACUUUUCAUCUCGCUGGCUUCAAUCUCCCUGUUCCCUGCAUACCAUUCGCACCACCAGUGUCGUCCCAGCCGAUUUGAACGGCUUUCUGUUUCAAAUGGAGACAAACAUCGCUCGGUUCGCUGCUGCCUUGAAUGAUAACGCAACUUGCAAAGCGUUCCAGGCCCUGGCCAGAGCUCGGCAAGCAGCGAUGGACGAUGUUUUGUGGAAUGGAAACUCGCAUCAGUGGAAAGACUUCCUGCUGGAAACAGAGACGCACUGUGAGUGCGAUGCUGUGAAAGAGAUCGUCUGGGACGGCUCCCAAUCGAGCGGGACCUAUGCCUCGAACUGGCUGCCGCUUUGGUGUGGGUUGCAACCUGCGAAUGGCACAGAUGCUGAGGAGGUGGUGGAGAGCUGCCGGAGAUCUGGUCUGAUAUGUUCUGCAGGCAUUGCAACUUCGUUGGUGGAGUCUGGCCAGCAGUGGGACUUUCCAAACGGCUGGCCCCCCCUGCAAUGCAUGCUAAUCGAGGGCCUAAUGGGCGCGGGGCCCAAGGGCAUGGACCUUGCCCAAUCCCUUGCCAGGGCCUGGCUGGCCACAAAUUUUGAGACGUUCCAGAAGACCGGUCACAUGCACGAAAAGUAUGACGUAAGGGAGAUUGGCCGUGCUGGGGCCGGGGGGGAAUACACGCCCCAGGUUGGCUUUGGUUGGACCAACGGGGUGGCUCUAUUCUUGUUGCAAACUUUUGGGUGGCAGGCUUGA